ACCAACCUCUACAGACUGUUUUCAUUGUGCAUGGAUUGCAAUUAUAAACGCCGACUAUAUGAGCUUUGUUCUAUUGGCUGUUAUUAUUAAUGACAUAGCUCAACCCGAUAUGCUUUCUUGAGUUGACACUUGGCGCCGCACAGUAACACAUGAGAUGUGUGUUUAAUGGAUACAUCUUGGGAUCACUGCUGAAGACUUUCUAAAUUCCCGGCUUUUGUGUGGCCAUGUCUUUCCCGGCCAAAGUGAUGAGAGACGGGCUGCUGGAGAAGCGCAGCAGCGGGCUCCUCCAGCUGUGGAAGAAGAAGCGCUGCGUGCUUACCGAGGAAGGGCUGCGCCUGCAUAACUGCAAAGGCGGCGGCGGAGGUGAUGCUCCGAGCUCAGCUUGGAGCUCCAAAGCCAAGGAGCUCCGUUUUGAGCGCAUUGACACCGUGGAUUGCGUGGAGUACAAGCGAGGGCUGGUGUAUUUCACCGUGGUCAUGGCUACGGGUAAGGAGAUUGACUUUCGGUGUCCGCAGGACGGCACUGCGUGGAACGCGGAGAUUGCUUUGGCACUGGUGCGCUAUAAGAACCUGCAGGCUGUGCAAACGGGACGGAACAGGCACCUGUCCGCAGCACACCUGGGCAGCACUGGGGAGGAUGAGGAGCUCUGACCUGGUGAAGGCUUUCUACUUUUUGGGAGUGAACCAAUCAGAGUGGGGAAGGGUGGAGGACGUCGGGGCCAUCGGCUUGAUUCUGUCGCACAGAGCAUGAUGGGAUGUACAGAACGGCCAUCAGUAUGGAUUAAAAGGCCGUGAACAAGUGUCACAGACACUCUUCCUGUCUUCCUUCAUGAGCUUACUCACACUGUUACACAAAGCCUAGGAAUCUGAUGCGUAAGCAGCAUGGAAAAAAGUAUUUUUCUGAGGUCAUUUUGGAGGCCGCUGUGUAAGGAAAUAAACAUAGCGUUUAUUUAUUAUUGCGUUUAUGAAAGAGACAAUGGAGGCUGGACACUGUUUAACCCUUGUGCCUGGAGGUUCGAAAAAUAUCUUCCAUUUUUCUCCAACGUUUUCUAACAUUGCUGAAACAGGAGUCACUUUAUUUCUUAAUUCUUGCUUUCGAUGGAAACGCAUCACUGUUUGACUGGCUUAAAAAUAAAUUGUGAAAGACUAAACGGAUCUGCGUGCUUUUGCUAAAGUUGAACAUGAAGAAGAAAUAUUUUUCUCAUAUUCAUUGCACAUUUUAUUCUAUAUAUUUGGUGAAACCUUGUACAGUAUUAAAAUCUUAAAACAAUGAAAUACAUUCUUGUCAGUAAUCCUGGAGUGUUUUUAUUUUAGAACAAUACUUCCUUUCUCUGGAACAUAUAAUGGCUCUUGGAGCAAAAUGGUCAGCUGCAAUAUAUUUUAGGUUCUGCCCAUUAAUUGCUAAGCUCAUUAUGUUUCCAGUUGUGGUGUAACCUUGCUGUUAUAGCCUCUGGAAAAUACACAUCCUCAGAUACACACACAAACACACACACAGAGUCAGGACAGCUUUUGUUCUGAGCAGUGUGGAGGACUAAUGAGACACGCAGUGAGCCUGAGGCAUGUGCACACAAACAUCCACCCACACAUACUCAUCUACAGAGGCCUUACGUGCACACCCAGCAUGAAAUUCAGCAAGGUCUCAGGAUCAG